AUGGACUCGAAAACAGUAGGAAUUCUUGGCGGCGGCCAAUUGGGCCGCAUGCUCGUCGAAGCAGCACACCGUCUCAACGUCAAAACCGUCAUUUUGGACGCCGCAGGAUCUCCUGCCAAGCAAAUCAACGCUUUGGACGAACACAUCGAUGGAUCGUUCAAAGAUGCCGACUCCAUCGCAAAACUCGCAAAGAAAUGUGACGUUUUGACUGUGGAGAUUGAGCACGUGGAUGUGUCUGCUUUGGAACUGGUAUCUAAGGCCAGCUCGAUCCCAGUUUAUCCACUUCCAGAAACCAUCCGUCUUAUCCAGGACAAAUAUACGCAGAAGGAGCACUUGAUGGACCACGGUGUGGCCGUGGUGGAGUCUGUUGCUGUCAAGGAGAACACUGCUGAGUGUUUGCAGGAGAUUGGCGCUUCAUUGGGCUAUCCAUUCAUGUUGAAGGCCAGAACCAUGGCCUACGACGGUAGAGGCAACUAUGUAGUCAAGAGUGCCGAGGGAAUCCAAGAGGCACUUACUUUCUUGGACAACAGAUCCUUGUAUGCCGAGAAAUGGUGUCCAUUCACCAAAGAGUUGGCUGUGAUGGUCGUCAGAACCGUCGAAGGUGAGGUCUUUGCUUAUCCUACUGUCGAGACCAUCCACCAAGACAACAUCUGCCACUUGGUGUAUGCACCUGCACGUAUUUCCGACUCUUUGCGCGAGAAGGCAUCUCUUUUGGCUCAAAACGCCGUCAAGUCCUUCCCAGGCUGUGGUAUCUUCGGUGUGGAAAUGUUCUUGUUGCCCAACCACGAAUUAUUGGUCAACGAAAUUGCCCCUAGACCCCACAACUCGGGCCACUAUACCAUCGACGCAUGUGUGACCAAUCAGUUCGAGGCUCACAUCCGUGCCGUCACCGGCUUACCUAUGCCCAAGAACUUCGCUAAGUUGUCUACCACCAACACCAACGCUAUCAUGCUUAACAUCAUCGGUGACAGCAACACUCACAACGGCGAGUUGGCCAUCUGCCGCCGUGCUUUGGAGACUCCAAAUGCUUCUGUUUAUUUGUACGGUAAGGAAAGCAAGCCUAAAAGAAAGGUGGGCCACGUCAACAUUGUUGGCUCCUCUAUGGAGGAAGCUGAGGCCAAGCUUGCCUACAUCUUGGGUGAAAGCGCAUCCAUUCCUGAAGAGAUUGUUCCAAAAGAGAAGCCUUUAGUCUCUAUCAUCAUGGGUUCGGACUCGGACUUGCCUGUCAUGGCUGUGGGUGCUGAUAUUUUGAAAAAGUUCGGCGUUCCAUUUGAGUUGACUAUUGUGUCUGCUCACAGAACUCCCCACCGCAUGUCCAAAUUCGCUGUUGAGGCUGCCUCCAGAGGAAUCAAGGCUAUCAUCGCCGGUGCCGGUGGCGCUGCCCACUUGCCCGGUAUGGUUGCCGCCAUGACUCCAUUGCCAGUCAUUGGUGUUCCAGUUAGAGGCUCCACCCUUGACGGUGUUGACUCUUUGCAUUCAAUUGUGCAAAUGCCUCGUGGUAUUCCUGUUGCUACAGUUGCUAUCAACAACAGUACCAACGCCGCUUUGCUUGCCAUCAGAAUUCUCGGAGCUUACGACUACAAGUGGUUGGAAGCCAUGUCUCAGUACAUGAACAAUAUGGAGCAAGAGGUCUUGACCAAGGCCGAGAGAUUGGAAGAUGUUGGUUACGAGAAGUACUAA